CCUCAAAGGCAAAUCUCAAUCGUAAUUUUGCUCCCGAUCAAUUACAUCGUCCAAGUUUCCUUUCAUUUUUUUAAAAGAAAUUGUUAAACGAGAACAUCGUAACAGAGAUGAAGCUAAGCUUGAUUUUAAUUUUAUCUCUGGCCUUUAUCGGCCAUAGCUGUGCAGCCCCGCAACUGCCGACAUUAUUACGAACCUGGAAAACUACGCUUUCCUCCCUUGUGCCUGAGCUGACCACGCUGAUUUCCACCGUGCAGUCCAGCGAUCAAGUGCCGGAGACGCAGAAAACUCUCGCCGUGGAUCAGCUUUCCAUGCUGCGUUCGAAAUUAACCCUGGCCCUUGGCCAGCCGAAUGAGUCAGAGGCGCGCAACGUUUUGUGUGGUACUGGGCCGACAGAUGGAUUGUCACAGCUCCUUUUUGGUCUCGCUAAGCUUCUCGACGGCCUUGGACUUGGAGAGGUUAUAAGGGCUGUCUCGGGGGCGCUAGGACUGUGCGUUUGAAAUGACCGCCGCCGCCGGCCGUUAGCUCGACAACCUAUGAAAAAUGCUGACCUUGAUUCACAUAUCUGCAAAAUUUUUAGUAAAAUUGAUACUUCCGAAAAAUAAAUUAUCUAUAAAUGUGAUUUGCAUAAA